AUGGACCCCCAGCCUCCCAUCAUCAACCCACCAGUUUCGUGGGGGGGGCCGGUGCUGGUCUGCACCGCGCGGCGGGGGGGGCUGUGGGGGUCCGAGGAACGCUGCACCAUCCCCCGCCUCUCCCCCGGGGGGGCCCUUGAGCUCAUCAUCAGCACCCAGGAGCAUGGCUACCAGGUGGCAGUGAACGGACAGCACACCCUGGAGUUCCUGCACCGCCUGCCCCUCGCCAGCGUCCAGGCCCUCGAGGUCACCGGUGAUGUCACCCUCACCUGCAUCACCUUCACCGGCCCUCACGCAGCUGCAGGAGCCGGGGUGCCGGCACUGCCGGGUCCGGUGACACCCCCCAACACGCCGGUGAUCGUCAGCAACCCGGUGGUCCCCUUCCACAUGGCGCUGAGCAAGGGACCCUCGGGCCUGAUCCAGCCCAUCACCAUUGUGGGCACCGUCCACCCCAAUGCCAACAGGUUCCACGCCAACCUGUGGAGCAGCGCCUCGGGGGACCUGGUGCUGCACAUCAACCCCCGCCUGCGCGAGGCCGCGCUGGUGCGCAACACACGCCAGCACGGGUCCUGGGGGCCCGAGGAGCGGCACACCACCGGCCCCAUGCCCUUCCAGCGCGGGCAGCCCUUCCAGCUGGAGAUCCGGCCGCUGAGCCAGGCCUUCGCCCUGUGGGUGAACGGGCGCCACGUCUGCGACUACAGCCACCGGCUGCCACCGGCCACCAUCGACCAGCUGGAGGUGGCCGGGGACGUCACCCUUGCCUGCGUCACGUGCUGAGCCGCCCCCCCAUCCUGGGGACACCCGCCGUCGGGCACCGAGCUCGGGGACGGGGAUGAGGGUGGGAUGGGGACAAGGAUGGGGACGGGGACAGGGAGAGGGACGAGGACAUGUGGGGAUGAGG